UUUUAAUCUGGACGGGCGUGGUGCGGUGCGCUUGCGCGAGUUUACUUUCUUGCAUCUUUUGGCAUCUUUCAUAAAUGAAGUGAGUAAUGACACCGUGUAACAAUUUUGUUUGGUUUAAAUAACAAUUUCAAUGUAAUACAAACAACAAAAUAAUAAUAGUUUAUUUAAAUAAAUAAUUUUACUACAGCGUGCCAGUGAAGUGAGGCGUUGUAUUUUAACGUUGAGUGUUCAAAAAGCCAGGCGUUUCCAUGGGCGUUAACUUCAGGUAGCCCUAAAAGAGUGAACAAUGACUCACAUAGGUUUAUACCUGACCCUUAUAUUAGCUACAAAUAUAUGCACGGGUCAGGACUAUGCCACGCCAACAUACAAUCCAGAUGUUCAGAACCCUACAAAUGAUUACUACAACAACCAGUACGACAACCCGUACGACCCAAACCGGAGAGUACCGAAUCGUAAUCAGUACGACAUAAAUCAGUUCGAACCGAACCGGAACCAGUACGGGCAGUACGACAACCGUAAUGAUCAGACGUAUCAGAACCCAUACGGCGUCGAUAACACGCCGAAACCCAGCUGGGACUCCAGCAGGAGUUACAACCCUUCAUUCAAGAGUUCAGAAUUAGAACAUGACAGCGUCAUUAUAAAUGAAGCUACAUACUUCAUAGUGGCGUCCCGUAUGGUACGGCCGGGACAGAUAUACAAGAUCUCUGCCAACAUCCUGCGCGCGCGUCUACAGAUGACCAUCCGCGCCUCCAUCUCGCGCAAUGGCGUUGAGAUUGCUGACGUCAUCGAGAAGGUCAAAGAAGGAGUGCCGGAGACACUUAACAUGAGGGUGCCAGCAACAUCAGUGGGCGGUGACUACAAACUGCGUGUGGAAGGGUUGUAUUUAGACGACCCGUUCGGCGGGCGCGCAUUCGUCAACGAGACCCAGCUCACGUUCUCGAACAGAUUCAUGACCAUAUUCAUACAGAUGGACAAACCUGUCUACAAACAGGGACAGACUGUGAAAUUCCGCAUAAUACCAAUCAACACCGAACUGAAAGCAUUUGGUCGUGCCAUCGACGUUUAUAUCUUGGACCCUAGUGGUAGGAUUAUGAAGAGAUGGCUCUCAAGACAGAGUAACUUCGGCACGGUGAGCCUGCAGUAUCAGAUGUCGGAUCAACCGCAAUAUGGAGAGUGGGCAGUACGCGUUGAGGCGCUCGGCCAGACAGAGCUCGCGCACUUCUUGGUAGAAGAGUAUUACCAGACCAGAUACGAGGUAAAUGUCUUUUAUAAGUCUUUUCAGUUGCGUCAAAACUUGAACCCGUACUUGUACAACGAAACGUACCAAUACGAGUACACGGACGAGCGGCACGGGCCCACCGACGUGCAGCACCUGCCCGGACAGCCCAACCAGCUGGACCAGCCCGACUGGUGGUACGACCCGCAGAAGGUCUACACCAGGAUCUUCAACUUUGAUGAAAAAUUCCCGUUCUGGAUGCCGAAGCCGGACCCGGUGCAGGUGGCGGUGCAGGGCGGGGACAACCCUAACUACAACACCUAUUCCACCUCCUCCUAUAGCAGCUACUACAAUGACCCCUACAACACGCGCUUACCUUAUCUCAGAUUUUUCAACGGGACAUAUGACUUCAAAUACCCGAUGUCAGAGUUAGCACAAUUAGUGCCCACACUGGAGGGUGUGGAGGUCAUCAUCACGGCGUCGGUGGGGGACCCCUUCCUCGAUGACGUCAUCGAGGGGUACAGCAUCGCGAGGAUAUUCAACUCCUCCUUAGCGGUUACCUUCCUAGGAGGAUCACUGCAAGUCUUCAAACCCGCUAUGCCUUUUGAUAUUUAUGUAAGUGUUUUUUUUCGGCCCACACUCGCGCCGGGACACGACGCCGUCUGGCAUCUGCGACUGGAUCUAUACAAACUACUGAAGUUAGAAAACGACCCUAACUACCGCGAGGUACUGGCGGGUAUAACUGGCGUGCGGCUGAGCGCGCAGCUCGGAGACGCGCUGGGCGGGCGCGCGGCCGCAGACGUGCACUUUGUACCCCACUACAGCCCCAAUAACCACCAUCUCAGGGUCUCUACCAGCACCACUGAUGCAAGGGUGGGCGAAUACAUAAUAUUCCACGUGCAGAGCAACUUCUUCAUGGAAUCGUUCAGUUACGUCGUUAUGUCGAAAGGAAUCAUUCUGACUAGUGGACAAGAAAUUAUGCAGGAGGGCGUGCGCACGUUCGCGGUGGUGCUGUCCGCGGAGAUGGCGCCGGUGGCCACGCUGCUGGUGUGGGCGGCGCAGCGCCGCGGACAUCUGCUUGCUGACUCACUCACAUUCCCCGUCAACGGCAUCUCCAGGAACAAUUUCACGGUGAUAUCAAAGAUGUCUCACUUCGACGAGUCGAGCAACGGCACGUUCGCCUACACGUUCCGCUCGCACUUCGGCGACCCCGACCACCUCGUGUACUUCCCCUCAUCCAGCUUCGGCAUCGACGCCAACAGGACGUUCGAAUACGCAGGGCUGGUGGUGUUCAGCGACGUGGCGGUGACGCGGCGGCACAGCGUGUGCAACGCGUCGCUGGGGCUGGCGGAGUGCCUGGACGGCGGCUGCUACCCGCGCGACAAGCACUGCGACGGCAUGCCCGACUGCGCCGACCGCACUGACGAGGCCACUUGUACACACGACGACAGUUUCUCUCUAAGUCAUUUCCGCAAGUUCCGUUUCAACCGCGUGCAACGUCAGUACGACAACGCGUGGCUGUGGCGCGACGUGAACAUCGGCCCGCACGGCCGCUACGUGUUCACUGCGGACGUGCCGCGGGCGCCCGCGCGCUGGACCGUCUCCGCCUUCAGUAUGUCCGAUGUGCGGGGCUUCGGCGUACUCAACACGCCCGUCAGGUAUGACGGCGUGCUGCCGUUCUUCAUCCAAGUGGAGGGCCCCGACCGGUGCCGGCAGGGCGCGGACGGCAUACCGCAGUACCGGCACCAGUCCGUGCUGCUGGACCUGUCCAACCGCGCGUACGUGUUCCAGUACAUGCACGUGAACGUGACGGAGACGCCCGUCAUCCCGUACGAGGUGGACCGCUACUACGUGUUCGGCUCCAACACCGCGCGCGUCACCGUCGUAGGGGACGUCGUCGGACCACUCUUCCCCACCAUGCCGGUCAAUGCUACCAGUUUACUAGAUCUGCCAAUGGACUCCGGUGAACAGAACAUGUUCAGUUUCGCGGCGAACAUGUACCUGACCCUGUACAUGCGGCUCACGAACCAGCGCAACCGCACUCUGGAGCGCGACGCGUUCGCACAUAUGAAUGUACUCUACCAACGACAGCUCUCCUUCAUGAAGCCAGAUGGAUCCUUCAGCUUGUUCCGCAGCGACUGGAAUCAAUCCGCUUCAAGUGUGUGGCUGACAUCUUUCUGCGCUAAGAUAUUCCAAGAAGCGUCCUUCAAUGAAUGGGAAAACUAUAUCUAUAUCGAUCCAAAUGUGAUAUCAAUGGCGGUGUCGUGGCUGCUGGAGCACCAGACGGCGGAGGGCGCGUUCUACGAGGUGACGUGGUCUCCGGACCGCAACUCCAACGCCACCAUCGCAGUGCCCGCCAACUCCGGCCUCUUCCGCGGCGCUGCCCACCUCGGCGUAGAGGUGAACGAUUCAAUAAUACUUCAGCGGAAUGUCACGCUCACAGCACAAGUCGUCAUCACGUUGGAAACUGUGAAAAAUUUAAAGGAUAUCGGAUUUAAGGAGGCUCUAAGCGCCCGCGUGGCUCAGGCUCAACGCAACGGCAUCACGUGGCUGGAGAAGAACCUGAAACUACUGGAGGAGUACGGAUCGCCCUACCUGUCGCGCCGCGUGCGCACGCUGCAGCGCGCCAAGUACCAGCCGGACAAGAUACUCUUCUACUUCGAUUAUUUGGACCAGGAGCAGACGUGUGUGAACGUGACAGUGGAGCGCUGGUUCCCCGUGGCCAACAUGUCGCGACAUCUGCCUAUACGAGUAUACGACUUCUACGCACCAGAACGAUUUAACGAGACAAUAUUCGACGCGCUACCGACUUACCUCCUGAACAUCUGCGAGGUUUGUGGCUCCUCGCAGUGCCCCUACUGCGCCGUGUACAACGCGGCCGCGCGCCCCGCCGCUGUAGCCGGCCUGCUCGCACUCGCCGCACUCCUCGCAAGCCACGCGUAUCGCGCUCUCGCUCACACAUAGCGCUACCGACAUCACGUAAGUUCAUGACAAUAAAACAUCCACACUGGAUAUGUAAAUGAAUCUCAAAUUGUUAAACAAAACAAGCAAUUCAUUUUUGAAUUAACACUAAUUAUAUGUUUUAUAUCGAAUUCUUAUAGAAAAGACGUAUUUUCCACAAAUAUUUUGUUUCUGUGAAUCGCGUUUUUUAUCUUUGUCGCACUUGUCGAUUUAACGUAUUGCCGUCUUGCUCUCUCUAUAACGCUAUACUGUACAUCAUAGAUAUCUUAAGAUUUGUGGCUCAUGUUCGUGGAAUUCUUCAAUGAAAAUAUAUCUUUAUUUACAUAUCAAUUAUUAAAUAAUAAAUAAUACAUUUUGUAUUGUUUUUACAAUAAUUGUGUCAAUUAUAUUGACUGACAGUUUAUAUUGAGCUUUAUAUAAAAAUAUGUAAACAUAAAAAUUAAAUAACAUAGA